AUGAACGAGCUGUGGACGGUGAUUGUACCAAGGGCGGAAGCUGUUCGGAGAGUUUGUCACAGGGAUAAUGCCACCGCUGAGCAGGCGGAAUCGCGUCUAAAUGCCCAAAUCGACAACAAGAGCCGUGUGGAUGCCUCGAAUGUUGUCUUUUGUUCGUUAUGGGCUUAUGAGGAGACGCGUCGUCAAGUCGAACGGGCUCUCAACCAAUUGCCUCUUCGUCUCAAACAA